GAAUGUAGCAAUAAUUUCCAAGAAACCAACCUGAACUCAGAAUCAGAGAGAGCUAAGGAUAAUGGCUUGGAGCAGCAGUGCAGAGAGCUGUGGGGAUAGCAUUACUGAGUUGUUUAAGCAUCUUUGUAAGCUUCACUGUGUGUCGGACAGAAAAGUGUUCCUACAUCGACCAAAGACAUCAACAGUCCACACCCAGAGGAAAGCCCUGAGGACUCUGUAUGAUGUCUUAUUUGAGUAUCAUCUGGGAGAUCUCAAACACUGUGACAGACUUUCCAUGUUCCAUUCCAUGACUCCAGACUUGUGGAUGUUUGAGUACAUAUACGAUCUUCGGAGAGGGAGACAAUUUGACAAAGCAGACAAACUAGAAAAACUGUUUACACAUCUACAGAAUGAUGACAGUGUAGAUUUGUCUGAAAUGGACUCUGUUUUGACUAUUCUUCUGUUGUUGGCUGAUACUAGUCCAGUACAAGGCUCCCACACCAUUGGGCAUGAAGGUCAACACCUACCGGUUGUUGUUUACGGCAAAAAGGAUGAUAAUCAUCUCCUUCCUGAGGGUCCAGCACUCUACCGUGACUCGGCUGUGUACAAACCAGACAGUGCACACUACAUGCAUUAUCCCAGGAGUUUGUUUGAAGGAGAGCCAUUAACAGACCUAGGAUAUCUUUCAAUGGAGAGCUCCUUGUCAGAUGACCUUGACCUUUCAUCAAAAGGUUCACUGUUUGGAGGUUUAGUCCAGCCUAAACAGAUAGCCCUAAAUGACAGACUGGAAUUACCAGACUUUCCAGAAAGUGGGGUAUUUGAGAUCCACAUCCCUCAGAAAAGGGAGAAGCAGGUGCCCCCUGAAACACUGGAUAUCUCUGUGAUGUCCAGUGGGUUUAUAUCUGAUGUCCAGCUCAGGCCAAGCACGACCCACUGGGACGACUGCCAGAACAUGACCCAGAGUCAGUUCUUCACAUGGGACAAGCGAGGACGACGAGGCCCAACUGAGAAGCCUUACAUGACAGAACUUGGACAGAGGGGGGUUCAGGAGUGGAGUAAUAUCAAGAGGAGGGAACUCUGUCUUUUCUCUCCUGACCUUCAGCCCCCACCGGUCAGGAAGUUCACCCCCAAACAGGUCACACAGGACCUCCUUCACCUAAUGAUCGGCAUCCCGUCACACCUGUUUGUCAUCAACAAGGAGUUGCAGACUUUUUACCUAGGAGAAGGAUGCGAGUUAAAUGGUCUGACUCCAGAGGCCUUUCAAAGUUUUGUUGGUGACUUCAUUGAUUGUGGAACACGAUAUUGCCGUCUGCGAGCUUUUUGUGCUUCCAGCACGAUUUACAAUGGAGGAUUAAUUUUCCAGGCAUUUCUUGUUGCCCUGAAUCGUGUACUUCAUCACUAUGCUGCUGUUGUUUUGUCCAUUCAAAGUCUAAACAUACUGCAACUCAAGUUCCUCUGUCACAAGCUCUUCACUCAGAUGAAAUAUUUAUCAACAAUGUGUCACUGUGAACAACCUGUGAGAAUGCAACAACUAGAGGCAUUUCCAAAGGGAGUGGAGCUUUUGAGUUAUCUGUACCAGGAAACAACAGACUCGAUAAACACAGACAACUAUCCCAUGAUGCUCUCCAUACUACAGACUUCCUGUGGCCCCUAUAACCUGUUUGUGAAGGAGUGGGUUUAUCAUGGCGUUCUGUGUGACACUUACGGAGAGUUCAUGAUUACUGUCAAUGAUGACUACCUCAGAUUUAGGGACAAGCAUUACUGGAGCCACAGCUACACAAUGAUGGAUCAUGAUGUCGAGUUUGUUCCUGGAUUCCUUCAUAACUUAGCUAGUGAUAUUUUUAUUUGUGGGAAAUCCCUCAACCUACUAAGGACGUGUUCUCCACAUCAUUUUCUUUGUGAAGUGAAGGAGCUAGACAUUCCGAGAAUCUCGCUUACCUUCUCAGACAGUGAACUCCAUAAUACAAUGACACAGUGCCAAAUGUACAUCAGCAAAAUGAAGCAGAUUGCCAGACAACAAACCAUGUCAAGACAAGCUGCUGAGGACCAGGCCAUGGAGAGGAAGAGGGAUCUGAUGAGGCGAGCCAAGGCAGCGGCCACAAAGGAAGUGGAGAGAAUACAAGAGGCAAUCUUAAAAAAGAGGACUCUAGCCGAUGCCAAGAAGAGAGAACAGUUUGCCAUACUGAAGAAACAGAUGGAAGAAGAUCUCCAGAGGAGAUCAGAUUCUGUUUCAAUGGAGAAGAAAGCAGACAAAGAGAGAAUGGAGCUGUUACUGAUUCAAGAAAGAGAGAUGACAGAAAAAGAAAAAGAGUUAGAAGCUGAAGCAAGGGCUGAGAUUAUAGAUUACUAUGCCAAACUGACCAAGGAAGCAACAGAACGAGAGGAGAAAGCAAUGUGGAAGAUAAGACGAUCAGUCUUAAAUGAGGCCAGGCGUAACUUCCUGUCAGAGGACGAGAAAGCAUGGAGGGAAGAAAUGGACGCCAAUCCAGAGGGCAGGAAGAUUGACAGAGCUUUGUGGGAGGUCAAGAGGUCAGAAGAGGCUGACCUUGAUUUACCGUCAUGGGCACGAAGAGUGAUAGCCAAACCAGCCCCAUUAAUACCAGCCAUAGAGGAACCAGAGGCGGUUGAACUCCCUGCAUGGGCCGCUAGAAGACUCUCAAGUCUAGAGAAGGAAAGUAGUCGUCUAUCAGAACAUCAGCCUGAAGUGUCCCGGGGGAGAAGAGUGAAUGUGGAGAGUGAAGAAGAGACUGCCAAACCUGCCAUCCAUGUCUUCCAUGAGCAUCAUCCAUCUAAAGAAACUACUGACAUUACAACAGCCAAAUCACAAAUUCACAUAGUGUCUGAUCGCCACUGCUCUAAAGAGUCAGAACCUGUAGAGAAUACCAAGAUUGGCGUAAAACUUUCCAGUCAUAUGAGUGCAACUACUGAAACUGAAUCUAAGGAAUACAAACCCCAUCUAAAGUCACAUGGUGAUAUGAAUGCCACAAAGGAGUCCACAGAAACUAAAGAGGUCAGUUUCCCUAAGCGGAAAGGUCAAGAGGGGUCAGGCGUAUCAGCUGAGACACAGGAGAAAGAGUGGAAAGUGAAGCCGGCUAGUCUUUAUGGACACGUCAGCCAGCUGUCAAAACAGGAAGUCCAGAUCAAUGUCCCGAGGCUCAAACGCCCAGAAGAAAUCUACGCAUCUCUGGAAUCAGACUACAAGGACUAUGGAAUCAAACCCAGAAUUAGAAUGAGCAAAAAAAUGUCUGCUACAAAGGAAUCAGAGGCCACUGAUGGCCCAAGGUCAGGGAUCAAGUUCUCCAGUGUGAUGUCAUCCACAAAAGAGUCAGAGUGGAUAGAUGUGGAUAAGGCCAGGUUGGAGAAAUUCAAACGACAGAAUAUCCAUGGUCACUCAUCGGAUUCAACAGUCCAGGCCCUGCUGUAUGGACCAAAGAGAGAUAAAGCUGCAGUAGAUGAACUGCCUGCUUUCCCCCCAAUAGAGUGGACCUCCUCCAUCCAGUAUGCUCCUGUGCCUUACCAAGAUAACUUUGAUAUAUGCUGUCAGCCUCCUGUUGUUGAUUUGCUAAUGAUGUCAUCAGGCAUGGUUUACGGAGGUCACGGGGAUUAUGGGAUAUCUCAGAUGACAGAUGUCGGUGUGUAUGAUUAUCUGCCCCUGUCAGAAAUCAUGGAGAGAUCAGUGGUGGCGCCACUUGCUUCACAGAUAUCAUUGGUAAAUGAGAGUCUAUUGGACUACUUUUUUGUGGAGUUACAUCUUAUGGACCACUUGAAAGCUCUCAGGCGCUACCUCCUAAUGGAAAAUGGAGACUUUGCACAGAUGUUGAGUGAUAUGUUGUUUGAAAAGAUUUCUUCCCCUGUAAGUGCACGGGAGAUGUUGACCCCUCUGUUUCUUAACAGUGCCUUAUCCAAGGCUCUCAAGUCCACAACACAAACAGAUGAUAAACUGGCAGAAAAUCUCAGCUUUGCCUUCAAGUAUCCUCCAGGACAUAUCCCAGCUAAAGGGAGAUCUGUUUUAGACUGUAUGGAACUUCGUUAUAUUGUUUCUUGGCCAAUAAAUAUUGUAAUCACUGAGGAGUCUGUCAACAAGUACAAUCAGAUCUUCUCCUUUAUGCUGCUACAGAAACAAACUGUUUGGGUGCUCAAAGAUGUCUGGCAUCGACUCAAACGAGCAGCUCUUCUUCACAAAGCUGGCAAUGCCUCUCAGUUCCGAUGUCUACAGCUUUACAGACAAGAGAUGCAGCAUUUUGUGAGAGUAAUGCAGGGAUACAUUUCACAUCAAGUUAUUUUUGUUACCUGGAACGAGUUUAAAUCCUCCCUGAAGUCGGACGUACAAAACCUGGACGACUUGAUCCGAGUCCAUGACGACUACCUCAACCGUGCCAUAUUCAGGUGUUUAUUGAACACGAAAGCAGCUAAAAUAAUGAAGAUAAUGCGUGAUAUGUUUAACCUAAUCCUUCAGUUCCGUACACUGUUAGUGGCCGCAGACUGGAGGAGGGAUAAAACCACUGGGGAGGUAUCACAUGACAACUUCAACCACAUGUACAAGUGCUUCCAAAAUUUCAGGCAGUAUUCUGUUUUUCUCUUCAAAGUGAUCAGUAAACUAGUGAAGCGUGGCUACCAGUCACAUCUCCAGGACUUCCUGCUGCGACUCAACUUCAACGAUUAUUACAGAGACACAUAGGAAUGGACCCUCCAUACGAAGGAACUAAUUAUUAUGUAGGAAUGAACCCUCCACACAAAGAAACUAAUUAUUACAGAGAAAAGUAAGAAUGGACCCUCCACACAAAAAAACUAAUUAUUAUGGAGACACAUAGGAAUGGACCCUCCACACAAAGUAACUACAGAUACUCAUUAAUGAUCUAAACAGGCCUCAUUUCUGUGAUACACAUGUAAAUAGUCUGUAAAUUUUUAGAUAUUCCCUACAUUAUUUAUGUAAAAUGUACAUGUAAA